UUUAUGCAUUUAUGAACCAAACGAUGGAGUUGGUUUUUAUUUUUAUAAAGGUAUUGUCAGUGAUCUGAUACAACUAGAAGUAUUUAAUUGAAGACUCAUGGACAUGUCAUUAUGUUGGACUAGUCAUUUCUGAAAGUUUCUUCAACCAAAAUUUCUAUUUGAACAUUCAAGUAUCAAAGAAUACUGGGUUUAGAAUGGCAUAAUGAUGUAUUUUCUCUGAGGACUGCAAAUUUCAUAGAGACCACAGUUGGAUUUCAGUUACAUUCUCCAAUCAAAGUGAUUCAAUCCUUUGAUAAAGUUAAUUUUGAAGAGUUUUAUGUUUAUAAACGACGCCAAAAGAUGGGAGAAAAAAAUGGGGAUGCAAAAACUUUCUGGAUGGAACUGGAGGAUGAUGGAAAAGUGGAUAUCAUAUUUGAGCAAGUGCAAAAUGUGCUGCAGUCACUGAAGCAGAAGAUCAAAAAUGGGUCUGCCACAAAUAAAGAGUACAUUCAAGCAAUGAUUCUAGUGAAUGAAGCAACUAUAAAUAACAAUUUAACGUUGAUCAAAGAUCAUAAAUCUUUGACCGAGAAUGAACAGGAAAACAAAUCAGGUUCAUUGCCAUCUACAUCAUAUGAAGACUUUGUUCCAAAAGACUGUACAGUUCUAUCUAUAAAAAAUGAGGAAAUUAUCCCUCUGGAAAAUAAAGCUGCAGACUUUAGAGAAAAAGAAUCAUCUUUGAAUGUAUCUUACAAAAGUCAUGAAUGCUCUGGUACCUGUCUGAUGAAAAUGCUACUAACCUUCAAGGGAGAAAACCCUCUGCAGCUACCAAUUACAUGCCACUUCCAAAGACGACAUGCAAAGACAAAUUCUCAUUCUUCAGCACUCCACGUGAGUUAUAAAACCCCUUGUGGAAGGAGUCUACGAAACAUGGAGGAAGUUUUUCGUUACCUGCUUGAGACAGAGUGUAACUUUUUAUUUACAGAUAACUUUUCUUUUAAUACCUAUGUUCAGUUGACUCGGAAUUACCCAAAGCAAGAAGAAAUUGUUUCAGUUCUGGAUAUUAGCAAUGGAGUGGAAUUGGUGCCCAUUUCUUUCUGUAAUGAAAUUGACAGUAGAAAGCUUCCACACUUUAAGUACAGAAAGACUAUGUGGCCACGAGCAUAUUAUCUAAACAGCUUUUCCAACAUGUUUACUGAUUCAUGUGACUGUUCUGAGGGCUGCAUAGACAUAACAAAAUGUGCAUGUCUUCAAAUGACAGCAAGGAAUGCUGAGAUGUACUCCUUGUCAAGAGAUAAAAUAGUCAUUGGAUAUAAAUAUAAAAGACUACAGAGACAUAUACCUACUGGCAUUUAUGAAUGCAGCCUGUUGUGCAAGUGUAAUCGACAGAUGUGUCAAAACCGAGUUGUUCAGCAUGGACUUCAAGUGAGGCUACAGGUGUUCAAAACUGAGAAGAAGGGAUGGGGAGUACGCUGCCUAGAUGACAUUGACAGAGGGACAUUUGUUUGCACUUAUUCAGGAAGAUUACUAAGUAGAUCUAACACUGAGAAACAUGAUACUAUUGGUGAAAAUAGAAAAGAAGACAAUAUUAUGAAAAAUAUGUUUUCAAAAAAGAGGAAAAUAGAAGUUGCAGAUUGUGAAGUUGAAGUUAUCCCUUUAAAAUUGGAAACACAUCCUAGAAGUGCUAAGACUGAAGAAUGUCCACCUAAGUUCAAUAAUAAUCCAAAAGAGCCUGUUACAGAAAUGAAAUAUAACAAUAUUUCAAGAAUUCAGUGUCAUUCAGUCAUUAGAACUCCAGAAGCCAAGAUAGCCAUUAUUCAACCCGAUGGGAAAAAGAUGGGAUUUGCUUCCUCAGAAUCUGUCACCUUUGAAGAUAAUGAUGGACUUAAACCAACCCAAAUACAUCUGAACUCCAAAGCCGAGGAGAUGAAAAGUGUCUUCCAGGUUUCAAAAAAGAUGGUAAGAAGGAUAUGUGCACUUUGUCCCAAAGACCUCGAGUGUGGUGUCCUGUACUGUGCACAAUCAGAGGACAUAGCUGCUCAUGAAAAUUGUUUGCUGUAUUCUUCAGCACUUGUGGAAUGUGAGGAGGAUGAACCAAAACAUGGUUAUAGAAGUUUUGAUGUGGAAGCAGUAAAGAAAGAAAUCUUCAGAGGAAGGAGGCUGAAAUGCACAUUUUGUGAUGAAAAAGGAGCCACCGUGGGAUGUGAUAAAAAAUCCUGUUCCAAGAAUUACCACUUUUUCUGUGCCAAGAAUGACCAUGCAGUUCUAUACGCUGGAUCUGGAGGAAUUUAUAAAGUGUUUUGCCAAGAACAUGAUCCAUCAAGAGAAACUCUAUCUGGCCUACUCUCUGUAAAGCCUUUGCCUUGUGUCUUCCAUCCUCACUGCAAUCAGCCUAUAUCACAAGGAGUACAAAGAAAACGAAAGAAGAAAGAUCAUUCAACAAGGACUUUGCUACAGGCACCUAAACUACUAACAGUAAACAGGUCCGAAAAACAGAUGGAGGAAGAGGACAGCAAACACACAGAUGCAAUUGUGAAAGUUGCUUUUCUCAAGAAAUGUAAGGAAGCAGGACUUCUUAAUGAUUUAUUUGAAGAAAUAUUACAAAAACUUCAUUUGAUUCAGGAAAGACUCAUGGAAGAGAAUAUUUCAGAAUCAGACUAUGAAGAAAUCGGGACUUCACUUUUUGAUUGUAGAUUGUUUGAAGACGCAUUUGUAAGUUUUCAAAAAGCAUUAGAGACUAACAUUCAGCAAUUUGAAGAAAAAUGGCAGCAGAUGAAGCAAGAGAUUGCGCUACUUCAGGACUUAAAACAAACUUUGUGCUCUAUUCAAGAAAACAGACCAAGGUCAAAUUGUGCUUCAGUAUCUUCUCUGUCUCCUUAGGAGUUACCGUUGCAAGCAGGCUGAGCACUAGAGAACAGGCGUGUGAAAGCCACACAUCCCUAGCACAAGGUCUCGUGUCUCUCUGGUCUGCACGCUUUGGUCCUCACCAGCUCAAACCUGUACAUGCCUAACUGGGUAUCUACUGCCUCCCUCUUAUUAUCUCACCUCUCCUCCCCCUCCUCUCUGACAAAAUGUUUCUCAGAUUCUACUUCAGUAAAGUGGAUCAUGCCUCCCACAUCUCCCAACCUCUGUACUAAAAACCUGUCCCUGGCCUCCUGCUGACACAUGGCCUCCACCCCACUCACACUCCCGUGAUCUAGGCCAGCGGUCACCAACCUUUUGGACCUCACGGGCCACCAGUGGUCCACAGACCACCAGUUGGCGACCACUGAUCUAGGUUGGUUCCAGUAACACACCAGUUGCCCCUAGCCCCAGGGCCUUUGGCACAUCCUGUUGUGAAGUCUUACCUGCUCUUUCGCCUUCCUCUGCUCCCUCUGCAGCUCUUAUACCGGUUCUCCCACUUAUUCCAUCUGAGUACUUUUCCUUCAUAACCCUUCCCAGUAUAACCCACUGUGUCUUACAUCACACUGUCGGAGUCUACGUUCUGAGGGCAGGAACUCACUAUUCUGUGUUUGCUUACUAUCACAUUCCCCAGCACCCAGCAUGCUCCAUGAAUGUUUGUUCAAUAAAUACAUAAACUAUU